AUGUCGGAACAGGAGCUCCAGAUCAACCCCAUUGUCCAAGAUUCUGUCAUCCACAACACAAAGACCCUCACCAACCUCCACAGCCUGACGGCCUCCCUCUUCGGCGUCAGCGCAGGCAUCCUCGGCCUCGAGUCCUACUACGGCUUCCUCUACUACAUCGCCCUCUCAAUAACAACCAGCCUCCUCUUCUACGUCUUCAAGCUCGCCCCGGGCUCCCUGGCCGAAGGCCGCAGCGUCCUCGACACCGGCCGCUACUACAAGGGCGCCCUCGAGCUCUGGACCAGCCCCAUCUUCAAUGGCUUACCGGGAUUCAUUCUGACGUGGACGUUAUUCUAUGGCUUGGUGAGAGCUUGA